AGAGACCCGAAAAAAUCUAUCCCAUUAUCCACAUCCAAUCCCAACCGUCCAUUCCCAAUAUCCAACGUCCCACAUUUCCUUAUAUCCCAAACCAUAUCCACCAUCAAAAAACAAAAGUCACACACACUGUCCUAAACUUUUAUUACUGACUUUCAGUCCUAAACUCAAACUCUCACAGCUCCCUAGUUCAGCUCCAACCAAAAAUGGCUUCCAUUGCUCUCAAAUCCUUUGUGGGACUCCGCCAACAAGUCUCAACAGAGAAACCCCAUUACUUCUUCACUUCCCAAUCCCAAACACGACCACCCAGAAAGCUCAAACUCCAAGUCUUGGCCUCCAAAUCAAGCCCCAGACUCACCAACCGUAACCUCAGAGUGGCAGUGAUCGGUGGUGGCCCAGCUGGUGGCGCAGCCGCUGAGACUCUAGCCAAAGGUGGCAUAGAGACUUACCUCAUAGAGCGCAAAAUGGACAACUGCAAACCCUGCGGUGGAGCUAUCCCACUCUGCAUGGUGGGUGAGUUUGAUUUACCAUUGGACAUCAUUGACCGCCGUGUCACCAAGAUGAAGAUGAUCUCUCCCUCAAACGUGGCUGUGGAUAUUGGGCAGACACUGAAGCCCCAUGAGUACAUUGGCAUGGUGAGGCGUGAGGUUUUGGACGCGUACUUGAGGGAAAGAGCUAAGGAUAAUGGUGCUGAGGUUAUCAAUGGGCUGUUUUUGAAGAUGGAUGUGCCUAAAGAUGGGGUUUCACCUUAUGUGUUGCAUUAUAAUGGGUUCGAUGGGAAGGUUGGUGGGGUUGGGGAGAAGAGGACUUUGGAGGUGGAUGCUGUGAUUGGUGCUGAUGGGGCCAAUUCUCGUGUCGCUAAGGCCAUUGAUGCUGGUGAUUAUGACUACGCCAUUGCGUUUCAGGAGAGAAUCAAAAUCCCUGAUGAUAAAAUGGCAUAUUAUGAGGACCUUGCUGAGAUGUAUGUUGGAGAUGAUGUCUCACCCGACUUCUAUGGUUGGGUCUUCCCCAAGUGUGAUCACGUGGCUGUUGGCACUGGCACAGUGACCCACAAAGGAGACAUCAAGAAGUUCCAACUAGCAACCAGGAAAAGAGCCAAGGACAAGAUUUUGGGUGGUAAAAUUAUCCGAGUUGAGGCACACCCAAUUCCAGAACACCCCCGGCCACGUAGAUUGCUGGGAAGAGUAGCAUUGGUUGGAGAUGCAGCAGGGUAUGUGACCAAAUGCUCGGGUGAAGGUAUCUAUUUUGCAGCAAAGAGUGGGAGGAUGUGUGCUGAGGCAAUUGUUGAAGGGUCAGAGAAUGGGAAGAGGAUGGUAGAUGAGAGGGAUUUGAGGAAGUACUUGGAGAAGUGGGACAAGACUUACUGGCCAACUUACAAGGUCUUGGAUGUGUUGCAAAAGGUGUUCUAUAGGUCAAACCCGGCUAGGGAAGCGUUUGUUGAGAUGUGCGCGGAUGAGUAUGUGCAGAAGAUGACCUUUGAUAGCUACUUGUACAAAACAGUGGCACCUGGGAAUCCUUUGCAGGACUUGAAGUUGGCUGUGAACACAAUUGGGAGCUUGGUGAGGGCUAAUGCACUUAAGAAGGAGAUGGACAAGCUUAGUGUAUGAGAGAGCAUUUUUAGUUGUAUGUAUUUAAUUCUUUCGUACUUCUGAAUGAGAGCAAGUUCUUUGCCGCUAUCCAGGAUAGUAAGCUGCAUUCCAUGUUUAACUUCAGAGAUGUUUCAUUAAUUAUGUAGUAAUAGUCCUAUCAAAAAAAAAAAAAAAUUUAUGUAGUAAUAGUGACAGAAAGUGCAUCAAUGUAAUGCCCUUUGUGUUCUAUAGACUUAUAGCCUAUAGGCAACAUGAAUAUUAUGAAUGCCAGUGAAUUGCAAGUGCCUGUUACCUUAUUGUA